AUGCUCAAAUCACUCUCCCUUCUCAUCCUCUCGCUUUCCUUCUUCAUCAUACGAACCACCGCAACACCCUACCCGACCGGCCCCCUCAAACCGGUCUUCCUCGUCACCACCCCCCAACGCACCCCCUCCUCAAACUCCUCCCUCCUCCAUUCUGUCAGCGCGACAUGUCUCUUUGACCCUUACCACCAGCCCAACUUCCUUCUCCGCCUGACCGGCCCCGGGUAUGGCAGCUUACCCAACUUCACGCUCACAGACGGCACGCUACACACCACUAUCUACAACUUCGGGCCGCCGGCUAUGGGGACAUUUGAGUACAACUCUACACUAGUAUUGGAGGGACAGGAGCUGCAGUUUCUCGCGGCGCCGCAGGGAAAGGGGAAUUUAGCAUUAGUCGGGGGGUAUUUACUCGCUGUGGAUGGGGCGGUGGAGGGGUGGGAGGUUUGUGUGGAAGAGUUGGGGCAGAGUGUGGUGAGUCUAUGGAAGAGUGGGGAUGCGACUUGUAAUGCUACGUAUAUCCAGGCAGUUACCACGCCGCCGUAUUGA